UCGCCUCCGGCUGCCUCAUCGAGGAUGACGUUGCGGUCAAAUGUGGUGUGUCGUUUGCGAGACGCAGUGUUUUCCCACUUGUGGAGGAAUAUGUCCGCGAUUAGCGCUAACACUUCGACAUCACUCUGAAAACCCCCCAUAACAAGAUCGAUCUCUGCAGUGUGGCGCAGCACAUCCGAGAGCCGGCCGCGCGUAGAUGGCCCAUGAAAGUGUGUUUGCAAAAGCUCUCCCUAAGGUUGGGCAUGCAAACAAAGAUACACAGAAUGGAGAAAUGGAAAGCGAAGGCGUGGAAGACGAUGUUCCGUCAGCUGACCUCGAAGAGGGAGAAAUCGUUGAUUCAGGUCAAGAGGACAGUGAUGAUCAGAGAACCGUAGGGCCACCAGGACCGCUGCUUAAGGGGCCUCCACUGCCUUCCCAGGAGGCUCUGCGCCCAGCAUUCACCAAACUAGAGAAACGCAAGCGCAAAAAGCGAAAGAAGGAUGAGGCUGGCAGUUCUGAGCAAAAGCAAAAGCGGGCCCAUUACGUAGACCAUGAUCGCAUGGUGGAUGACUCCGUGUGGUUCUCACCCGAAUCAGGUGGUGGGCCGUCACGAGGACACCACUCUCACCAUGGUAGCUCCAUGCCUCCUAGAGACUUCGGUUCUCCUGGUCCUUAUGAUGACAGCUAUAUGCCGUCACCACGAGGAGGAUGCGAUUCUCCCGAUGGUAGCGGGGGACCUGAGGGCCACCAGGAAGGCAUGGGGGGACCCCCACCACAUCAUGCUGGUGGCUUUCCAAGCGGUCGAGGCGGACGUGGUCGUGGAAAGUCAUUCAUGAUGGACAGUCGAAGACAGGGGCCCCCAAAGAAGAAGAAAAAGAAAAAGCUGCCAAUAUCAGGUGGCAGAGGCGGUGGCGCUGGAGGGAAACGUGGUGACGGGCCACCGAAGCGCUCCAUAUGCAAGUUCUACCUCGACUCCAAGUGUGUUAAGGGGGCAGACUGCCCAUUUUCGCAUGACGUGCCGCAGCCACGCAAGGCCGACCUGUGCAAGUUCUACCUGGGUGGCUACUGUGCCCGUGGGGAGCACUGCUCCUUCAUGCACCAAGACUUCCCCUGCAAAUUCUUCCACACGGGUGCCAAGUGCUAUGCAGACACCGCCUGUCGCUUUUCCCACCAGCCCUUGACGGACGACAUGAGGCGGCUGCUCCACAGGUAUCUGGACAACCACGGGAAUCGUGGUGACGAUGACAUUCCGCCUGGGCCUGGCCCAAAUGGCCCCGAGCCCAUGGAUCGGCCGGACUGCCUAGACGACGAUAUGGGACCAGUUGACGACUAUGGAGGAGGGGGUCCGCCACCGCCGGGCAAACGGCCUUCGUUGCUCGGUUCACCACCACGACACGUGAAGGAGGCGGCCGAGACGUGGCGCAUGCAGUUUCUAGGGGGAGGUGGGCCACCCAUGCGGGGCGGUCCAAACGCACCCUCCUCUUUCGGUCCCCCACAGGGGCCACCUAUGAUGAGCCCUCCAAGAGGACCUGUGCAGGGAUUCCCACACAGGCCUUUAUUCUACGUAGAUUCCCUGUCUCAAAGCCCCGUACGUGGCUCUAUGCCACCGCCUGGCACCAGUCCACCACAGAUGGGUGGCCCAUCGCCGGUGCACUGUAUUGAGGACAGCUUUGGUGGGCCACCGGGCCCCAUGGGACCAGGCGGUCCCAUGCGUCUCUUGCCUCAAGGCAAGAUAAGCGGCUUUGCUUCACCAAGCAUAGCCUCACCACCUCAGCAAGACCAGGGCAGCAGUGGUCAUGGCUUUGUUCCCGAUGGUGCUAUGUCUCCACGUGGGAUAUUCUAUGACUCAAGUCAGGAUCAUCCAAUGAGUCCGCCGCACCAGCCUUCACCACACCAUACUGGGCCCCAAUCUAUACCAGGCCUCAACUUGCUCAGCUCACCCUCACCGCCACACAGCCAGGGUCCAGAGCCAACAAAGACUCCCUCGGCUGAUGCAAGUUCAGAGGAACCUCAUCAGUCGCCUCAGCGUCCUGCACAGACCUUGGAACAGGACACUAGUGAUGACUCGCUUCACGCUGUCAACGAAAAGAAGGUCCUCCCUCCAAACCUGCCACGCAGACAAAGAGAGCUCUUCAUGAGAAUCCAGCAGCAGCAGCGUGCAGCCGAGAUAACAGCAGCUGCUGAGUCACCAACUUCUAGCAGCACAACUCAUGCAGUGGCCUCUGACAAGACAGAAAGUCCUGUGGUAGCCAAACCUGAGCCAAAGAACAUUGUUUGUCUAGGCAACAGCGAGAGCAGCGAUGACGACGAGGAUUACGAUGAUGACCAGCCGCUCCGAGCAGUCUUGAAGAAACUCCAGCAGGGAGUGAGUACCUGCCAUGUUUUCUACAUUGAUGCAAGCUUACAGUCGAAAGCACAGUGCCAGCGAAUAUUCCCAGCACCGGCUCUACAAGCACACCAUCAACAGUUGCCACAGCCUGCUGUCACAUUGCCUUCCUUGGCUGGAAUAGACUUUGCCAGCAUGCUGAGCAACAUCCAACAAGUUCCCAGUCAGUCCCAAAGUGACUUUUGGAAACAACUUUUCUCGGGCGUGCCUGUGCCUACUGCCACUGCAGCUGCUACAUCCCUUGCAGAUACAUCAACACCUGUAUCAUUUUCUUCGUUGCCAGCUGCAAGUAGAGAUCCGAGGCGGGCCAGGGCUGAUAGCCAGAUUGCCAAACCAUCAACAGAACAGUUGUCACGAGAUCCAAGACUUAGAGACAAACCGCCACCUGUAGUCAAAGCUGCUGAAGUAGCUUUUGUGGAAUCCAAGGAUGGAGAUGUGCCUUUCCGACUCACUCCAAUCUUCAGGGCGCUUCCAAAGUACGAUGAUAUUGCGCUUAGUGGUACAAUCCCAGAGUCUAAGCUCAAGCACGAUCCUCGUCUUGCCAAGUAUAUGAGCCAAAAGGCACUUCAAGUGGUGCCUUCUGCUGAGGUUGUGCAGCCCCUUCCCCUGCCUGCUGUGCUGCCACAGUUGCCAACCAUCAGGCGCGAUCCAAGAAUGGCCCGUCACCUUGAACAGCAGCAGGCACCGCAGCCAGCAGUGGAAAACAAGCCACUCAUUGUGGAACCGCCGAAGGUCACACCACUGCCAAGCGAAGUUGUCCCCAAUGCGGAUCAGAGGAAAGCUGCUGCACUACCUGCCAAUGGUAGCGCGAUGCCAUUACGGUUAGACCCACGUCUUGCAAAACGACUUGAGCAGCUGCAAAAGGGAACCAGUUUGGUCGCAACAGAGACACCCGCCUCAAAGCCCAAGGACGAGUGUGCAAUGGAGGCUGAGAAAGAACAGCAACAGGAGACAAAGCCAGCCACGAAGCGUGAUCCCAGGCAGAGCACCAGGGGCAGCGGAAGAUCCAAGGCAAGCACCGAUGGGGCAGGUCGCAAGAACCGCAUGGACUACGCAUCGCCAUUAAGUACGUACGAAAGUGAGGGGGACAGGCCGAGUGGCUACAGCAGCUACCAGCGGCGACCACAGCCACGACCGCCCGUUCUCCCCACUGACGUGCCUACGCCCGCCGCCAUGCCUCAGUCGUCGAUGCCACCGGCACCAGCUAUACACGACCUGAUGCCAAACAUGCCACCUCCAGGUGUCAUCUCAGAUGACCUCUUGUUUGAGGCUGACCAGGCCAUGAAGUCACAAGACGUCUUCAAGACAAAAGAUCCUACAGCUUCACCGUUUUGCUGAUGAAAGGCGCCAUUGCUUGUAAAUAACACGAACAGAGCAUCACUGAGUGCGAGUUGCUCACCGUAUGAGAUGUGGCCCCCGCCGAGACACCUUAGUGUCUGCCAGCAAGUAUUGCCUGCACUGUACAUAACAUCGAUGCAGGUGACAUGGUGCCACAUGGCACUUAAAAGAGUGCAUGCGUCGCUGCAGACGCGUGAGCAGUUCUGCCAAGCGCAACAAAGCAAUAGCUUGCCAUGCGUGGACACUUGCCAGUGGAAGCAUGCAGGAACAUUCUCCAUUAGCAGUGCCGUGUAUAUAAACUCCCUUGCUGUCUCAGAAAGGCCAACUUCUUACAGUCUGUGCUGCUUCUGAUAGCAUGCAGAACUGCCAGCGCAAUUAUGGCUUCCUGGCACAUUUUAUGUGCGUGUGUGUAAUUAUCCAUGUCCCUCUUUCUUGCCCGGUUUGAUGGUCUUUGUAUGAAAGGUCAACACGAACAUGUCCAGUGAGUGCGGUGUAUGGGCUUCUCAUGAGGGCAUCAGUGAAGAUGUACAUUUUACUUCACUCUCAGUACAGCAUUGAAAGGAUGUACUGGGAGAACAACCGAUGUACCCCACCACAAGAAAUGAACAUUUCAUUGUUCUUAAUGGACUGAUGGGACAAAAUAAAAAACUUUACCAUUACUACUGCGAGACCAAGAAAACAUAAA